AUGGGUUCUUUCUCUGUGGAAGAUUUUGUGGGAAAUGGGGUUCUUAAGGAUCUGCUUCCCACUUUGCUGGAUGAAGGCUGGGAUGAUGUACCCACCUUGAAGGUCAUGAAUUCUGAGGAUAUGGAUGCUAUAAGCAUGACACGACAACAAAAGGAAGCAAUUGAGAUAAGAACUUACCUCCACGAUAGAUCUCUGAUGCCGUAUGCAGAUAGGCUAGAGUCCACCGGGAAAUGUUUGCCUGAACUUCUAAGCUUAAGUGUUGAGGAUUUAACAUCUCAAUUCCGCAUGAAGAGAGGUCAUGUUGCACGUUUCCGUGAUAGAAAAAGUUCGUGUGUGGAUCCCUCGACCAAUAAGUCUGAUGCUCCUAUUCCAUCAACAAGCAUCAAGAGGACUUAUCAGUCUAACAGCUCAAAGAGGAUGCUGAGUAUGAGAAGCCGAACCUUUCAGGAUAAAACAGUUGAGCAAGCACUGAGUGAAUUUAAAAUUGAAGACGGGUAUGUGUUCAAGGGGAUUGUUGCAACAGAACUAGCUGGUCAUAUAGCAUGUGGUUGUGUGCAACCUUCUCCUAUUGUUGAUAAAAUUGCUCCUUAUUCUGCCAUUGAAAACAUCUCCGUUCAGAAAUUAACUCCAGAGUAUAAAAUUGGAAUGGAGCGUUUGGUGAAGACUAAGACUCCCCCUAUGAAAGCAUCAGCACUAUGGCACGAUAAGCCAGCCAUUAUCCUCUGUAUUAGACGACCUGGGUGCAUCAUGUGCAGAGCAGAAGCUCACCAGCUAUAUGCCAGAAAACCAAUAUUUGAUGCACUAGGAUACCAACUAUUCGCUGUAAUUCAUGAAAACAUAGAAUCAGAGGUGAAGGACUUCUGGCCCCGGUACUGGGGAGGCACUGUACUCUUUGACCAAGGCAGAGAAUUCUUCAAAGCUCUAGGUGGUGGAAAGUUAAUGAAGGAAAAAUUCCUAUUCGGAUUUCUUUUCAACCCUCGGGCUAUAGCAAAUUAUAAGCGUGCAAAAGCAAUGGGAAUAAAGCAAAACUUCAAUGGAGAAGGAGAAAUUAAGGGUGGUUUGUUCAUUCUUGGCUCAGCAAAGCGUGGUAUUGCUUACCAGUUUAUUGAGCGGAACUUUGGGGACUGGGCGCCUCUUUCUGAAGUAAUUGAGAUCUGUACAAAAAUACAGAGCCACUCGCAAGCUUCAGGGCUAUCCAUCAAACCAUCCCAAGAAGAUAACCGGAGUUCGUCCCUAGUCUAAUACAAAUUCUCAUCUGGAUUUUAGUCCUCAGUUGACUCAUACUUUUCAUGACACAUGAGAAGUGUUUCCAUCUUUCUUCGUUAUCUUUUGUCGGAUGUGCUUUAAUUAACCUGGAUGUUAUACAGAACUUUAAUUAUUACUAUUACUUUCUUAUCA